GCGCGUGUCCCGUUGAAGAGCGACAGUGUGCGUCAUGUGACGGUGGACGGACGGAGAGAUGAAGAUGGCGCAGCACCGGCGCUGAAGAGUCUCCCGUAUACCGUACAGAAUUAUCGCGAAAUUACGGGAAAUCGCAUCAGUCACGCGCAAAAAACGCCAAACGCGCCCGUGACACACAUGGGCAGUUCGUCCUCGUGCUGUUUUAACAGAUUUCACCGUUAAAUCGCGGACAGACCGAGGCAAUGAAAUAAAUAAAUGAUCGUCUCCAUCCUCAGAUGCGGCUGCAUCCAUAAGGGAGAUCCAGACGCGCGGAUGUUUAAUAGGAUGAGAAAUACACAGCUGUAAAUAAACACGUCUGCUUUAACUUUCAUGUGUUAUUUCAACACUCUUCUGAUAUCUUGGUGAUUUUACCGGGAUCAUGUGGACACCGACCGAGGACGAGAAAAUCGGAGUGGUGGUCUGUAGUUUCCGUGGAUCUGUCUCACAUGGUCUGUCUCUAGAGCUUGGAGAAACCGUUCAGAUCUUGGAGAAGUGUGAAGGAUGGUACAGAGGGUUUUCCACCAAGAAACCAACAAUCAAGGGAAUCUUCCCGGCCAGCUACGUCCACUUGAAGAAGGCCGUCGUCGCCAACAGGGGCCAAUACGAGACGGUGGUCCCACUGGAAGACCCCAUUGUGACAGAGGUCACCUCUACACUACAGGAGUGGUCUGUUUUGUGGAAGCAGUUGUAUGUGGUAAGUCCUAUCUGA